AUUCCAAAAGAACCUUGUAUAACUUUUUUUGUAAAUAUCUUGUCUAGUCGUAAAUUUCCAGUAUUAUAAAGAGUUACUGCGGGAUUGGUGUUAUUCUAAUAGAGUGUUAAAUCAAGGUUAUUUUAUAGUGAUUCUUCUUUGGAAUUACCCAGUUUUUAACAUCUAUCGUUGUGUUAUGCAAGUUCACAUCCUUAUCGGGGAUUUUUUACGUUUUAUUUUAUACUGAAAUGGCCAACAAUAAGUGCAAGGAAUGUGGCUGUGUGUGCAAGAAAUGCGGGGAUCACGAUGUGCAACUUCACGUGGAAAUAGAAAAUCUUAAACAGAAACUGUUUGAGAGAGAAAAUCACAUCGUAACAAUGGAAACAAAUUUUCUAAACGAAGCUAAUAAAUUCCCCAGUGGCGAAUUGGUGGCUUUAAGAGACGAAUUACUGACAUGGCAGGAUAAGUAUAAAAGGUUAUAUGAUGCUCAUCGGAGAGUCCAGAGAGUAAACCAGGGUCUAGAAGACAAACUUUUAAAACUUGUUGACAUUUGUGAGACAGAUAAAACCACCCUAACCAAAGAUGUAGCCACUUUGUCACAUAAACUGGCCGAAGCUAACUAUGCGGUUAAAAAAUUAACGGAAGAUAAUGAGAGAUAUAAAAACGAUUUAUCUUUGGCUGUACAAUUCCUAAAAUGCAAGCAAAGUAAUUUUGUGUCUCAAAAACUCGAUUCUUUGGCCCCGGAAGUGCAAUCUCAGGUUUCGAUGAUGAUGACGUCGUCGACGUCGACGAAACGGAAACCGGAAGAGAGGCGCACGCCGCCGGAAAUGCGCAGCAUAAAGGUGCCCAUACCCACAUUUCCGCCGACCGCGAUGGUGUAUUCCAUACCGAAGUCGCCGAAACCGGAAAGAAGAGUGGAAGUUGACGAAGAAGCGCCUCAAGUCGAUAUAGUUUCUGCUGCCAUAAUGGCUAAGGUGCUCGAAGAAAGACAAAAAGAACGAUUAGCAGCCAAACAUUGCGACACGUGUACCUGUUCGAAAAAUCUAAAAAUCAUAUACGACAUCACACAUCACAGUAUCGGAACGCAAACAGGAGAUUACAAAGAAACAACGUGCAUCAGAUGUAAUGACGUCAUGAACCUCAAUAACUCAACAAGUGUAAAACUAGUUCGUAACGUAGACCUACAAUUAUCUCAAACAAAAGUGCCAACAACAAUCGAAGCCGUGGAAACCUCGCAGCAACAAAACGUCGUCAAAGUGCAACCAAACAAUUUUCUACUGGAUAACAAAUCGAAAACAACGUCAAACAACAGCACCUGUCCAGUCGACUUGAUAACCCCCAUAUCCCCCAAAAACGACCUCUCCAACUCCAACCAACAGUUGCUCAACGGCCCCGAAGUUAUGUUCUACAACGUGAACGAGGUGAAAAAAUCCCCGAAAAUCGAAAACACCCAGUACGAAGAAAAGAGGGACACGGAAAAGGUGGUGGGGCCUCGGUAUUGCUCUAUGCGCACGCAAGUCGGCUCGAGUAACAUCCUGUUGGAUAACACGUCCGGCAACGUGGCGCCGGUGCUGUACACCACGCGGCAAAACGGCAACGUGGCGAGUCACGUUAGAACGGCGCAGUCGGCAAGGAAGGCGGCAACUGCGCAAGCGCGCGAAGGUGAUGUUGAUUCGUUGCCUAGCGACGAGAAUUCGGCGCAGACGCGGCAGCGUGUCGCCGAGUGGAUCCAAAGCACCGUUGAUAACGACUUAAUAAUUCAGCAAUGAAAAAUUUGAGACAAUCUUUUUGUUGUAAACGAUAUCAUAUCUAGAGAGACCAAUGGAAAAGUAGUUACAAAAAGUAUGGCAUCUAAACAUCAUUUUUUUAGUAAUCAGGUAUGUACAGUUUAUUUUUUUUAUUUGGACUUUCUUCAUUGCCAAGCCACAACUUUGAAUGCUUUAGAAUGCAAUAUUGUAUUAGUUAUGAAGUCCAAGUAAAAAGCAAACUUUAUUUAACAAACAUAACAGUUAAAACUGUU